AUGGCACCCCCUGGAGCUCGAGGCAUCUAUGGCGGUGCCGCCAUCGCCCAGUCUCUAUCCGCCGCGAUGCGCACCGUCCCCGCCGAUUUCGCCGUACACAGCAUGCACUGCUAUUUCGUCCUAGCCGGAGAUUCGGAAAUCCCUAUCCUCUACCAUGUUGAGCGCGUGCGUGACGGACGAAGCUUCAUUACCCGAACCGUGCAGGCGCGCCAACGCGGUCGCCCCAUUUUCACCACGACGCUCAGCUUCAGCCGCGUCGGUAGCGGAGGUGAGAAAACGCUGAACCACGCGGUCCCGAAACCCGAUGUACCCCUCCCACAACCGGUCAUUCCCGGCACAGUCAAAGCGCUGAGUGAAGCCGGGGGUGGUCCUUUUGAGUCCCAGAAAGCGGGAAUCGUGAACCGUGCCUCCUAUCCCGAAGAUAAGAAGAUGCGGCGAUUUGUCCGGGCUCGUGGUCAUAUCUCUGAGGAGGGUGGCUUCCAAGCUCAUCUUUCCGCACUCGCCUAUGUUACCGACAGCUUCUUCAUUGGGACAGUCGCUCGAGUACACGAUAUUCCGCGAUUUUCGUCCCCCGCAGAGCUGGAGAAGCUAUUGAAGGCAUUGAAGAACCCUUCCGAUCUUGACGACGAGGAUAUCACCAAGGCUCUGAAGGAACUGAAGGAGGAAGAGGCGACCGAUCUCCGACGACGACUCGAAGGAGCUCUCAGCGAUGCCACCAAUGGCAAGAAUCAACAACAACACAAGGAGGUCGGCAUGAUGGUCAGUCUGGACCACUCAAUAUAUUUCCACAAUCCUCGAGCUUUCCGGGCCGAUGAGUGGAUGUUGAUCGAAAUGGAGAGUCCGUGGGCUGGCGAGGGUCGAGGAUUAGCUCUCCAAAAGAUCUGGUCGAAGGAUGGCGUGCUGAUUGCCACAUGCACACAAGAGGGCGUUGUUCGUUUGAAGCAAGAUAAACCACCCCUGGCGAAGAUUUAA